CCUAAAUAAAGCAGUAGCUGAGUGGCUGGGCAAGCCGAUCAGCAGAAUUUUGUGGUUUUCUGUUCAGUCUCAUUGUUCCUGGUUAGGUCGGAAUUAACUGAAACAGAUCUCCGGCGACAGGGAUCAUGAUAACUCAGGCUAAACUCGUCGAGCAACUCAGAGAUUACCAGAUCAGAUCACAGCACAAGUGCCCUGCUCUUACUAUCUUCUCCCCUAAACCAUUCCUCACCACCUGGGCUGAUGUUGCGGUUGCCGUUGUGUGGGCCCUUCUAUUUAUUGUGUUUGUAGUAUCAUCAUACUUCGCCCUUCGAUCAGGGCAUUACUGGAUUUCUCUUCUCAUUUUAUGUCUAUGUGUCUCACUCCAAGUUCGUCUGAGAAUUUUGAGACAGGCGAAUGCAAGGAAGAGAGUUAGGCUUUUACCUUUGUCCAUGUGAAGGUUUUAUCCACUUGACCAUUCCUUUCUAUUAUACUCAGCUUAUAUCUCAAAAUACGAGGUUAAAAGGAAAGGAUCACUUAUAGGUAGGAUUCAUAAUUGUAGAUUUUUUUUGUUAGGGCAAGUAUGUUUUGUUUCAUUGGGGAAGAAUGAGUAUAGUUGUAAUCUGGGAAACUACAGCAUAUAUCCUGUGACUGUCCACAUUAGUAAUGUAUUUAGGUGAGAUAAGUUCUCUAAGUUUGUGAUUUUUUGACGAUAUGCAAUGGGCAUUCAUACUUGUUUCUUUUUCAUGACAAGGGGUUGAGACUUGAGAG